UCACAAUAAAUUAUAAGCACAUUCUCACUCUUCAAAACAAUGAACUCCUUAGCAACUUCUAUGUGGUGUGUUGUGCUUUUGGUUGUGCUUGGAGGACUACCCUUUUCCUCAGAUGCACAACUUAGUCCCACUUUUUACAGCAAAACUUGUCCAACUGUUAGUUCCAUUGUUAGCAAUGUAUUAACAAAUGUUUCUAAGACAGAUCAACGCAUGCUUGCUAGCCUCGUCAGGCUUCACUUUCAUGACUGUUUUGUUUUGGGAUGUGAUGCCUCGGUUUUGUUGAACAAUACUGCUACGAUCGUAAGCGAACAACAAGCUUUUCCAAAUAACAACUCUUUAAGAGGUUUGGAUGUUGUAAAUCAGAUCAAAACUGCUAUAGAAAGUGCUUGUCCUAACACAGUUUCUUGUGCUGAUAUUCUUGCUCUUGCUGCUCAAGCAUCCUCUGUUCUGGCACAAGGUCCUAGUUGGACAGUUCCUUUAGGAAGAAGGGAUGGUUUAACUGCAAACCGGACACUUGCAAAUCAAAAUCUUCCGGCCCCAUUCAAUACCUUGGUUCAACUUAAAGCUGCAUUUACUGCCCAAGGCCUGAAUACUACUGAUCUAGUUGCACUCUCGGGUGCUCAUACGUUUGGAAGAGCUCAUUGCGCACAAUUUGUUGGUCGAUUGUACAACUUCAGCAGUACUGGAAGUCCGGAUCCAACUCUUAACACAACUUACUUACAACAAUUGCGCACAAUAUGUCCCAAUGGUGGACCUGGCACGAACCUUACCAAUUUCGAUCCAACGACUCCUGAUAAAUUUGACAAGAACUAUUACUCCAAUCUUCAAGUGAAAAAGGGCUUGCUCCAAAGUGAUCAAGAGUUGUUCUCAACAUCCGGUGCAGAUACCAUUAGCAUUGUCAACAAAUUCAGCACCGAUCAAAACGCUUUCUUUGAGAGCUUUAAGGCUGCAAUGAUUAAAAUGGGCAAUAUUGGUGUGCUAACAGGGACGAAAGGAGAGAUUAGAAAACAAUGCAACUUUGUUAACUCAAAUUCUGCAGAACUAGAUUUAGCCACUAUAGCCUCCAUAGUAGAAUCAUUAGAGGAUGGUAUUGCUAGUGUAAUAUAAAUAAAUUAGCGUCAAUGCACUUAUUGAAAUCUUGUGACUAGAUGCCACUAAUAAAUAAGUUAUAACUAGGCACAUUUCAUGUCACUUGAAAUCCUAUGCUUUGUAUAUGAAAGGACGUGUUCUUCUUGGUAUUAUACUAUAAUGAGACUUGUAUUAUGAGUCGUGUUUAUGAUCAA